AUAAUGAAAAUGGAGAGGGAAAAAGCUACACCCUCAGUAAUGUAAAGACCGCUUUCAGUGGAGCAUGGUUGGUGCAGCAGCCUCUGACACUGGACUAUAUCGGAUUAUUCUCCUGGUCGAUUUGUUUUAGGACUACAAGUAAUGUAUUGGAAAAGUGAACUAAUGUUGGCUUGCUCCAAGGUGGACGAUAUUGAAAAUGGGUUCAACUCAAUUUCCAACAGCACGGGCACCUCGGAAGACAUUUUUGAAGACGAGUCAUAUUCACCGUCAUCGUCUUUGUCGUCAUCCUCGACACUGCAGACGAUGGCAUCAGCCUCUCUGGGGAAAAGCCUUUGUGCAAGUUGUGGCUCGGAGAUAGUUGACAAAUACCUGCUCAAGGUGAACAACUUGUGCUGGCACGUGAAGUGCCUCUCAUGCAGCGUGUGCCAAACUCCUCUUGGAAGGCAUGUCAGUUGUUACAUCAAAGAGAAAGAGGUUUUCUGCAAACUCGACUACUUCAGGAAGUAUGGAACUCGCUGCGCCCGCUGUGGCAGGAACAUCCACUCCAACGACUGGGUAAGGAGGGCGAAGGGCAACACCUACCACCUGGCCUGCUUUGCCUGCUUCUCCUGCAAGCGCCAGCUUUCCACGGGGGAAGAGUUUGCCCUGGUGGAGGAGAGGGUGCUGUGCCGCAUCCACUACGACUGCAUGCUGGACAACCUGAAACAGGCCAUGGAAAGUGGAAAAGGUGUGAAUGUAGAGGGAGCCCUACCGUUAGAGCAAGAAGGGUCCCAGGCCAAACCAACUAAGAGGGCUCGCACUAGCUUCACUGCAGACCAGCUACAGGUGAUGCAGGCUCAGUUUUCUCAGGACAACAACCCGGAUGCUCAGACCCUCCAGAAACUGGCAGAGAGGACUGGUCUCAGUCGCAGGGUUAUCCAGGUUUGGUUCCAGAACUGCAGAGCUCGUCAUAAGAAGCACGUGAGCCCCAACCACCACAUGUCGUCCGCAGCAAUGUCAUCACUACAGCAGUCCAGGCUCUCUCCGCCCCUCCUGGAUGAUCUCCAGUACACAGCUUACAUACCAACAGACACACCCAUGCACACGCCCAUGCUUACUGCACUGCACACAUACAUGGAUGGUGAGCAAAGUCGGCACUUGGAGAUCACAGUGCACUCUCCAUCCUCACUGGUGUUCCAGCCUAUUAUGUCCCAUUCCAUGACACAGCUGCCAAUCAGCCAUGCCUGAUCGUUAUAU